UGUGUGGGUGCAAUGAUGGCGGGAUUGUACCGCGCUCUGCCGGUGGCCCGGCUGAUUAUUCACAGGAGCUUAAUGAGUGGCGCUGAGGGGGAAGGGGCGGGACGCAAAACACUAAUAGGCGCCUGGAGGAGAAGCUACAACACGGCGCCGACUAAAGCGGCUCUGCGCCUCCCCAGCAUGGAGUACCAGGAUGCAGUACAGGCACUGAACACCCUCCAGACCAAUGCUAGCACCCUGGAACAGAUCCGGCGGGAGCGGCAGCUCGGUCGAACGCAGGGCACUCUGGAAGCAAUGAAAUCCUUUGUGUACCGAGCUGGAAUGACGAUUGAGGAGUUGGACCAGCUUGCUAUCAUCCAUGUGACCGGGACAAAGGGCAAGGGCUCAACGUGUGCAUUUUGCGAAAAGAUAUUACAUAAUUAUGGAUUAAAGACUGGCUUCUACAGCUCCCCACACCUGGUGCAAGUAAGGGAGAGAAUCAGAAUUAAUGGCAAACCAAUCAGCAGAGAGCUCUUUACAAAGUACUUCUGGCACGUUUACAACCGAUUGGAUGAAACUAAGGAUACUCAGUCUGGGACCAUGCCUGCGUACUUCCGAUUUCUCACCAUCCUUGCCUUCCACAUCUUCCUGCACGAGAAGGUUGACCUGGCAAUAAUAGAGGUCGGAAUUGGUGGAGCCUAUGAUUGUACCAAUAUCAUUAGACGUCCCGUUGUGUGUGGGGUUUCAUCACUGGGGAUCGAUCAUGUCAGUAUCCUAGGAGACACUAUGGAGAAAAUUGCAUGGCAGAAAGGAGGAAUCUUUAAGCCAGGAGUUCCAGCAUUCACAGUUCCACAGCCCAGUGGUCCAAUGGCUGUCCUCAUUGAAAGAGCAAAGGAAAUUGGGUGUUUCCUGCAGCUCUGUCCGGAUUUGGAGGAUUUCCAGUCCGAGGAGGGGAAGCUGAGCUUGGGGUUGGCAGGAGAACAUCAGAAAUCCAACGCGUCACUGGCUCUGCAGCUGUGCCGGACAUGGCUGCAGCAUCAUCACCAUCCAGAUUUUCCUCCGCUCCGAGAUUCGGUGGACUUUGUCGAGGGGUACGAAAGGCAGCGACCGCCAGUCAGCUCAGGAUUCUACCUGACCACCCCCAUGAUAGAUGGUUUGCAUAAAACCGAAUGGCUGGGUCGAUCGCAGAUCCUGAAGCGAGGGCCUCUGACGUAUUACAUUGAUGGUGCUCACACGAUUGGUAGUAUAAAGGCCUGUGUCAAGUGGUUUCGGGAACGUUCUUUGAAGGAGGCGAAAGCUGCAAGAGGACCCAUGGUACAAGUGCUGCUGUUCAACACAACGGGAGAACGAGAUGCUGCCGCUCUCCUUAAACUGCUCAUGCCUUGUCAGUUUGAUUUUGCAGUUUUCUGCCCCAAUCUCUUGGACGUGGUACAGAACCCUAAUGCUGAUCAGAAAAAUUACACAGUGUCUCUGGAGAACAUGCUGAGCCGUUGCCUUGAGAACCAUCGUGCCUGGUGUAAACUCACAGAAGUGAAACAUGACCAUUUAUGGAGCCUUCCAUGCAGUACCCUCGAGGGCAAAACCACAUUAGUUAAGAAGGGUGAUUUGGAUGAGGAAAUGCUACUGUUGCAUGAACCGGAGCGUGAGCCGAUAACCGCUCGUGCACUUGUCUUCCCUUGCAUCAACAAUGCCCUGCAGUGGAUAACACAAGGACGCGACCCUAACCUCCAGCUUUCAUUGGCCAAUCCACACAAUGUACAACUGGCGGGAGCUGCAACACUGAAGGAAGCUUCUACAAUACAAAUCCUGAUCACGGGAAGCCUUCAUCUUGUGGGCGGGUGCCUGAAACUUCUUGACCAGUCAUUGUCUCAGUAAAAGCUCCUUUCUUUUUUUUUUCAGACCUUGCUGUAUGUACCUAUAAGGAUGAGGUGAGGUAGGGGAACAGUUUCUAGGUCUGGGACAUUAUCUGUUGUACUCAACUAUAUUCAAAUACUAAGUACCUUGAUGUAAAACGGUUAACACAAAAGCAGAGGUAACGAUAUUGAAUGAGUGGAAUCUUGCAUUUCAUUUCGCGAGAAGGUAGAUGCCAGUCAUGGGGAUAAUCCCAGAACGUAGAUUUUCAGAUAGAUUUUAUGUGUGAAGUGUAGAUCAGGCUUUUAAGCCUAACAGGAGUGUACUGGUUAAAUUUUUGCACAUUAAUUAUUUAAAAGAAAAAGUCUUAAUUUUUAUGGGUCUUAAAAGCAAACUGGAAAGUAAGCCUGAUGCAGUUUAGUGGAGUGGCACAUUCCCUUUGUCACUGCUGUGGCUGAGAAUAGUUGCACAAGAAUACUUAAGAUAACUUAACCUCUGAUUUUUCUUUCUUCCUUUCACUCUUGGGAUUGCAUCGCCACCGAUGGCGCAGCAGGAAUCGGAAGCCCGUAUGUGAGGGAGUUUGAACGCUUCCGUGUGCACCUUGUGACUGUUAUGAUGGGUCUCCUUUUCAGCUUUUAUUUUGAAGGUAGCCAAAAGAAAACAGAAUUAAAAAAGAACAGCGAUUUUAAAAAAAUCUUUAAAAUAAUCAAAUCACUGAAAGUGUCCCAGUACAAGUUGUGAUGAAACAUUACUGAACACUACCAACUAUGUUAAGAAGCCCAGGAUGAGGGAGUAAUAGUUAUAAUUGACAACCUGAUGGGAUCUUCCAUAUAAAGUGGAGUUUGGCUUGCUACUGCAUAAAUUCAAUGUACAAAGCUGAGUAGGUAGGAGAUGUUCCACAAUCUGGUUGUCAUUUCUAGGCAGAGUCUCCAUCAAGGGUCUUCCCAGGAAUUUCACCAACAAGGAUCUGUGGUACUAGGAUAGGAGAAUGGUCAACUUGCACAGACAUUGCUUGAAGGCAGGCCAAAUGUAUUUGUACAGUCUUCUCCAUGUCCACAAAGACUCACCAACAUGGAAUUAAAUCUGCCUUUGCAGAUCUCAUUUGACUAACUUGUGGAAAGGAUAUUAUUAUUUUUGUUUAAAUUCCUUCUGGUUCCAACCCAUCCAUUCAUAAUCUAAGAGGAGUAACUGAAGAGAUUCCCAACUUGAGACUGGUCCUGUGCCCAUUACCAUAUGAAAAGUGCAGGUAAAGACCAACUUGUCAAUCAGCCUGUACUACAUGGUUAUAAUAAUGCCUUGUGGAUCGAGGUAAAGUCACAUCCUACUCAGAUGAAUUCGUAUCUCUUGGGUUUAGGGGAAGAAAAAUAAAAAACCAAGACAAUUAGGUGGAAAUAAAUGAAUAUAUUUCUCACCGUUGUGUCGUCAACAAUUCACCAAGGCGCUCCUUCGACAACAUCUUCCAAACCUGUGACCCCUAUCACUUAGAAGGACAAGGGCAGCAGACACAUGGGAACACCACCAGCUGCAUGUUCCCUUGCAAGCCACAUACCAUCCUGACUUGGAACUA